CCAAUUUUCUACAAUGACCAUGAUGAUGACAGCAGCCACUGCCGCCGUGCGGCGCAGCUGUGUUGCUGCUGCUGCUGCUCCGCGCAGAGGGGUGCCUGUUGUUGCUCGGCGCUCACUGUCGGCGGCCACUGCUCAUAGGAGCGGGGCGAAUGCGACGUACAACUUUGACGUGUCGUUUACGGGCAAGACUGCCGUGGUGACGGGUGCCACGCGCGGCAUUGGCAGAGCGACGGCCAUUGCGUUGUCUUCACUCGGUGCCGACGUUGUUGCCAUUGGCCGAUCUGGCCUGGACGAGCUCGCCCAACAGUAUCCUGCGCUGAAGCCAAUGCACCUGGAUCUAUCAGAUAAGGAUGCCGUUGAGAAGGAGCUUUCAGACUUGCCCAAGAUUGACCUCCUCGUCAACAACGCCGGCAUCACGUACCUCGCCCCUUUUGUGGACCACGACCUCGACCGAAUGCAGCACUCAUACUGCUGGGGUGGGGGCAUUUUGUGA